CGGUACCGGCCAACAACAGGAAAAACAAAUUUUCCAACGCAAUUUCAAGAGUGGCGUGGCUAAAAAUAGUAUCCGUCAAAUAAAAAGAACCCACACAUUUUCUUCAGCUUAUCAGAGCCGUAAAGAGAGGAUACUAUAAUGCCGGUGAAGGAGAUACUGCAGCGCUGCAGACCCAUCCCCCUGUAUGUGGUCCUGGUUCUGUCCAUAUGCUACUUUGUGCUCCAACUGAUCCUGAGCCAUGUCACCCACGCCCUGACUCUACUGAUGGCCUCCCAUCACAUGUUGUGCAAUAUUUUCGCACUCGGCGGCUGCAUUAUUACAAUUAAGCACAGCAAACAGACACCCGAAGCCAAGGAUUCCCCUGCAGUUCAGACCAAGUCGAAUGGCUCCUCCGGAGAGAUUGUCAACCUGGCCGAAUCGGAGGCCCAAAAGAGGGCUAAGCGGGACAGCCGGGAGGAGAAACUCCGCAACACCUUUGGCUGGGCCCGAAUCGACAUCCUGACCAUGCUCAUUGUGUUCAUCAUCCUGGCCUCGUUGUCCUUCUCGCUGGUGGUGGAGGCCCUCCAGACCCUCGUGCAUAUCGAUCACAAGGACACGAUGCACCUGCCGAUCCCUGUGAUGAUGCUGGGCUUCGUGGGUCUCAUCCUGAAUGGACUGACGUAUCUGCUGAUUGGCGGCUACACGUUGCAUCAAGGAAGCUUCCUGCACCUGACCCCCGGCGGCAAUGUGGUGCUCGAGAGGCCCAUGUCCAGUAACGUGGAUCUAUCGCUGACGCCCAUGCAGCGGCAGCUCAGCAAGUCCAGGAACGAUCGUCAGCUGCGAGAGGAACUGGAGACGGAAGUCGGAAGUGUUUACUUUGCCACCAAGCGCCAGGGAGCUGUUGAGAUGCUCCGCGAUGUGUCCAGUACGAUUUUUGUGAUUGUAUGCGCUGCCAUUGUCUAUGUGGCUGAGGAUGAGGAGCACACCGCCAAGUUCAUAGAUCCAGUGCUGUCCAUUUUCUCCUGUGUCCUGCUGGUGUCCCUCAGCUAUCCCUACAUGAAAGAAUCGUGCCUCAUUCUGCUGCAGACCAUACCCGGCUCCAUUGACCUGGAGAUCUUUGAGCGCACCCUGGUCGCCAAGUUUCCAGAAAUCAUCAGUUACCACGAUCUUCACAUCUGGCAGUUGGCCGCCCACCGAUAUGUGGCCACCAUUCACAUCCAGUUCCAGAAUCCCAAGCUCUAUCUGAAGAUCAUUGAGCAGGUGCGGGCGUAUUUCCACGAGCAGGGAAUCGGAGCGGUCACCAUCCAGCCGGAGUUCUACCCGUCCACCAACAAGAACGCCUCGGCGUCGCUGGAGUGCCUGAUGCAAUGUCAGGCGGCGGAGUGCAUCGAAAAGGUCUGUUGUCGGGACUCGCGCACCGAUCUUCGCGAGAUCUGCGAUGCUCCCAAUGGCCGGAAGCCCAGCUCUCCAGCCAAAUGUCAAGGCAAUAACCAUGAUCAUGGCAAAAACAAAUCAAAAUCCUGCUCGGAACUCUGCGCUGUGGUUGUGGAGAAGCCCAAGGAGCUGAGUGCCGCGCAAUUAAUGGAGGGUAAGGAGGAGGAUGCGGCGAAACCCAAGUCCCCGCUGCCACAGUCAGCAUCCCAGCCGGUAAUCCAAACUCCGGUAGAAGACACACCUCCAGACGCACCCGCGAGCGGCUGACUCAUCUCAGCUUCUGUAUAGUAUUGAAUCAAGGCUUCAAGAUUUUGAUAGUUUUAAGUUAGCUUACGAAAAUGCCAUAUUCAUUUCGGAGAUCCCUAUCUGGACGAUACGCUUAAAUGUCUUUGGUUAGCAAAAUGUAGUCGCAUGUGACUGGAAUCAUACUGAAUUUUGCCCACCAGUGUAGUUAAGAGUUAGUUUUAAUUAACGUUUACUAUACAUAUUUUGUAACGCAUAUGUCUAAGGAA